GCCACGUCACCCGGCGGCCGGCGCGGGGAGCGCAGCGCGGACCUGCCCGGAGCUGGCGCCGCGCCGGGACCAUGAACGUGUUCCGCGUCCUGGGGGACCUGAGCCACCUCCUGGCCAUGGUCCUGCUCCUCGGCAAGAUCUGGAGGUCCCAGAGCUGCGCGGGCAUCUCGGGCAAGAGCCAGGCCCUGUUCGCGCUCGUGUUCACCGCCAGGUACCUGGACCUGUUCACCAACUUCAUCUCCGUCUACAACAGCGUCAUGAAGGUGGUUUUCCUCCUCUGUGCCUAUGUCACGGUGUACAUGAUCUAUGGGAAGUUCCGGAAGACGUUUGACCGUGAGAACGACACGUUCCGUCUGGAAUUCCUCCUGAUCCCCGUCAUUGGCCUCUCUUUCCUCGAGAACUACAGCUUCACUCCCCUGGAGAUCCUCUGGACAUUCUCCAUCUACCUGGAAUCCGUGGCCAUCCUGCCUCAGCUGUUCAUGAUCAGCAAGACUGGAGAGGCCGAGACCAUCACCACUCAUUACCUGUUCUUCCUCGGGCUGUACCGGGCACUCUACCUGGCUAACUGGAUCAUCCGGUACCAGACUGAAAAUUUCUAUGACCAAAUCGCAGUGGUAUCUGGAGUCGUCCAGACCAUUUUCUACUGCGACUUCUUCUACUUGUAUGUGACCAAAGUCCUUAAAGGAAAGAAGCUAAGUCUCCCAGUGCCAAUCUGAAGCCCGAGAAUACCUGCUCACCAAUGCCCUUCCAUAGUGCCUCCCAGUGCCAACGGAACUACAGUGCCUAAGCCGCGAACGGGUCAACAGACCCCAGUGACUCACUGAACACCUGUUAAUCCUGAAGGUGCCCUACUGUGUUCAGGGCAAAUAUGCCAAAUGAAGAUCGCAACCAAGUAUUUGGGUUAUGGCGUCGUUCUCACAUUCCAGGUGAAUCAAAUCUAGAGUCAAGGUACAAGGUACUAAGGGAUGAAGUUUGGAGCUUUGCCUGGAAACUGUUACCAGGGAGCCAGGGGCAGUACCAAGCUGCCACCAGGUAUGGCGCCAAGAGAGGGGGGAGGGAUAUAGCAAACCCAGGCACUCACAGAAAAGGUUCCUUUGCUUUUUUAAGAAUCUUCCUUCUAGGGGGCUGGAGAGUACAGGAGCUAAGGUGCUCGUACUGCACGUAGCCAAGCCUGUCCGAAUCCUCAUACCCCAUCUGGUUCCCUGAGCAUCGCAGGGAGUGCCCGCCCCCACUCCAUUUUUUUUCACUUCUAAAACUGCAAGGCUUUAUGCAAACUUGACUCACCAACUUUGUGAAUCUACGCACCUGAGACUGUCGUAGCGCCACCAGCCCAGCCCGUGUGUGGUGGGGCCCGGGAGAAGGGCCAUUAUUACCCUGACCAGUGGGCAGUGUCUUGUGACUGACUCCAACUCCUCCACCAAAGCCUGUCAAUCCCACCCCCACCCUGAUUCACUUUCAGGUGCUAAAUGAAACACA